ACGCGAUCGAGCGCUCAAGCGCUCGCUGCACGUGCUCUCGCCAACUUUCGCUUUGCUUUCGCAGCUCGUUCGCUUUGCUUCCGCAGCUCGACGCUUCCCUGUCUAUAGUCCUUCAUGCGCAUUGACGCUUCCCAUCACUAAGAGUAUUUUGUACAAUUGACUCCUCUCGAGGCUGGGCAUCCUCCGCUUAUAAGCAACUAACGACCAUUGUCUCAGCAAGAUGUCUAUCCCUCUUCCGUCUCCAGAGUCUCUCGCUCACCGAGCCCAGAUCUCCUCUCUCGUAUCUUCCCUCCGGCCGACGCGGUUGCGCACGUCUGUUUUCAAUCUAGCAGCUCACCGCAUUCCCACCCUAUGGACUCUGUAUCGGAAACUUCUGAGAGACUCUCCGACUGGGGAGGUGCGAUGGAGGGUCAAGGAAAUGUUUCAUCGUGACAAGUCCAUGCGUAAAGCAGUGGAUGUAAAGGAGAGGCUUAUCAUGUAUCACAAGUGGGCAGACAUGUUCACGCGUGCAAAGCAAGGCGACGCGCGAUCACAAGCCGUUCUGCAGCGAUACAGCAGAUUGCUCGUCGCACAUGAGAACAAUCGACGCAUGCGGCGGUACAUUCUCGAAGAUAUCGCAUGGCGGAACAGACUACGAAAUCGUACCAUCUUGACCGGAUCGUACAUGCGACCCACUUGGUACAAUGGACCGCUACCACGGAUGAAGCCGCUACCAGAUCAUGCGAGAGAGCUUAUCAGAACGCGGCGUCAGCGACGAGAGCAUCGUGUGGAGGAAUAUGCUAAGCUGAGCUCUCUCAAAGAGGACCUCGAAAGGGAAAACGAAUUUGAGGUUGCUCUAUUGAAGAUCGCAAACAAGCAGCGUGUUCCAUUUGAGGGUGCUUUCGUGAGAAAUAUGGAAGAGUGGAAACAACCUAUCGUGGAGAGGCUAGACGAAAUCAACGAGACUUUCAAGCGCGACAAUGAGCGCGCCGCUCGGCCAUUUCCUCCGGAGAUGCUAGCUCAGAUUAAGGCUGCCAGAAUAGAGAAAAUCGCGAACAAGACACGCGAACUCGAGCGAGAGAGACGAGGAGAGAUGACGCGCAGAGCGCUGGAGAGAAAGCGGAAGGGUCCUCCUGCACACAUCCUUGCCACGAUGACGGAGAAGGAGAGACGCAUGGACAAAAUUUCGCGGAGCGUGAGCGAAGUCGGAUACGUUGCAAAGGUGAAGAAGAUGCUGGGGCACAAGCUGAAGAACCCGGACGCAUGGAAGGUGGAGAUUGGGCGGGAGGAAGACAGAGAGAGGUUGGACAAGAUGUUGCGGGAGAUCGAGGCGGAGAACACACGGAGACGUGCGCGGGCUGAUGCGGAAGAAGAAAGGUCGGUCUCGCCAGAUGGCUCGGUGCUUCCAUUACGGGAGCAAGGCGGCAGUAGUGCCUGAUACAGGUCGUGAACUUGUACCCGUCGGGUUGUUCUGACUCUACGUGAGACCGACUAUUUUACCCGACGUCCUUCGGGAGCGCAAUGUCUGCGAUGGUUCCACGCGGUCGCGCAUCCCCGCAUGCCAAGUAUGCUCUCGAGCGCUGAUGCUGGGCUUCUGCGUGAGGCUCUGGCAACUGUCUAGAUAGUGGCGAGCUACUACGGACAUCUAUUCAUUCGUAUUAUUAAACUCAUUGAUG